AACUGGGGCAGUCUUGCUUUGACGCGCGUCUUAGGAGCUUCCACCUGCUGCCCGUCGAGAGUUUCAGUCACGUUUUACUCUGUGUGACCGUUCCCGAGAUGGGGCGAUUACUCAUAUGGAUGCACUUUUUGCUGUUAACCGUGCUAUUAGCAUCAGUGCAGAAAGCUACAGCAUGCAGCUGUGCGCAGGCCCAUCCUCAAACCAAGUUUUGUGAAUCAGAUUUUGUCGUCGUGGUGAGGGUGAAAAAGGUUCUCCCCGUGAACGACUAUGAGAUCGCUUACAAGGUCAAGAUAAACAGGGUGUUCAAGUCAAACCCAAAGGCCGACAUGGCACUGAUGCAGAACCUUUUACGGACACCGUCCACGGACUCGAUGUGCGGAGUGACACUGAACGUCGGCGACACGUACGUUCUAAACGGAAGAAUCGUCUCGGGAAAAGCACUCAUAUCGAACUGCGGGCUCUCGAUAAGAUGGGCCGACACGACUACCAGGCAACGCAAGGGAUUGAGACAGCUCUAUCAACAGGGCUGCGUGUGUGAUAUUCUGUAUACACACUGGAGGCGCAAGGGUGCCGUGCUAGAGUCCAGCGGCGGAAAGAAUUGUCUGUGGGAAAGCACGCCAGGCCCCCAAGAUUGCCAAGAAAAAUACGGCGUAUGCAUGGCGUCAUUCAGCGGCUGUUCCUGGGUUCCCUCAGUCCCGUACAAGAAUUGUAUUAAGGAGUAUCAACGUAAACGCGAGCAGCAAAGGUCACGAGAACCUUAAUUGGCACUUUCGUAUCGUGUUCCUUUCGUUUGUGUCCUCGUGCGAGGAUGGAAAGCGAACAGAAUUUAUCGUUUGUAAAAUGAUGCGACGUGUCUGCCAGAGAAUUUGAUGACGGACGAGCCGCGUAAUCAAAUGAGAGACGAUACAGCGAUGUGGUAUGGCGAUAGUUUAAUGGAAAGCUGCAUGUUUGUAGCGCG